GCAGCGUCGCGGACCGCGAUGAAGGAGAAGAGCAAAAACGCAGCCCGCUCGAGGCGGGAGAAGGAAAACGUCGAGUUUGUGGAGCUGGCCAGCCUGUUGCCGCUGCCGAGUGCGGUCACGUCCCAGCUGGACAAGGCAUCGAUCAUCCGGUUGACCACCUCGUACCUAAAGAUACGCCAAAUCUUCCCGGACGGUUUAGGCACUGCCUGGGGUGCCCCGGAGCGUCUGGCGGGAGGUCCGCGCGAAGGCACCACCAUCAAGGAGCUUAGCUCGCACCUGCUGCAGGCCCUGGACGGGUUCAUCUUCGUCGUAGCGCCGGACGGUAAAAUUAUGUACAUCUCCGAGACGGCCUCGGUUCACCUGGGGCUGAGCCAAGUCGAGUUGCCAGGAAACUCGAUCUACGAGUACAUCCACAGCUACGACCAAGAGGAACUGGCGGCCAUCCUGACGUUACCACCACAGCCGCCGGUGGCCCCCGACGCAAGCCCCACACCAACGGCCGGGGCCCAGCACGGCCAUCGGCAUACCUUCGCUCAGCAGCAGCGAUCACACAUCGUCGAACUGAAGCGAUCCUUCUUCCUGCGCAUGCGAUGCGUACUGGCGAAAAGGAACGCGGGUCUCACGCAGUCCGGCUAUAAGGUUAUACAGUGUUCCGGGUAUCUGAAGGCACGAGUCUUCCCUCACGAAUCGACGUCGGCGCAGGGCUACUGUUGCAUGCAGAACCUCGGACUGGUGGCAGUUGGGCACUCACUGUCUCCGUCGGGGACCACGGACGUCAUACUGCACCGGAACACGUUUAUGUUCCGCGCCAGUCUCGAUCUGAAGCUGAUCUUUCUCGAUAACAAAUGGAACCGGAUUACUGAGCUGACGGGCUACGAGCCACAGGAUCUGAUCGACAACACGCUCUACCAGUACGUGCACGCGUGCGACAUCCUGGAGCUGCGACAGUCUCACCAAAUUUUGCUCCACAAAGGCCAGGUGACGACCAAGUACUACCGGUUUCUGACGCAGGGUGGUGGCUGGCGCUGGGUGCAAUCGAGUGCCACUAUCGUGCACACCACGCGAUCCUCUCGGCCGACCUGCAUCGUUGGCUUCAUCCACGUGCUGAGCGAGCCGGAAGUCGGUUACCUCCAGCUAAACGGUAUCCAAGGGUCCGUCCCGACGGGGCCGCCCAGAUCCGCCAAUGAAGUGACCUACGAAGCCUCUUGCCACAGCUACACACACAUCGCGUACGGUGCGCCGCCACCACAGCCAACCCAACAGCUAGCUGAUCCGAGCUACGAUCAGGCGGCUACCGAUGGCUUCGCCCGAACGCCGGACUGCGGGAAGGCAGAGCUGAGCCACCUGCCGCUCCCGGUGCACCAUCCGAUCGGCAAUCUGAACGGUGGGUCCUUCCUGCACACUCCGGAGCUCUGCCUCGAGCAGACCAUCGAUGGGUACGCGUUGGGUCAACCGGUGAGCUCAUUUUCAUUCGAAGACGCCCAUUCGAUGGCGGCCGAGGUCGACUUUCUGGCCGACCCGUUCUACGAGCAGUUGUACUCGUCCUUCACGCCACACUCGGCCGACGAGCACGAGCACCUGAUCCUGCGCUCCUCGCCGUCCGUCAGCACCAACAGCUCCGACACGGUGUGA